AUGAAAAAAAAUAAAAUAAUAUUUUUAUUUUUACUAAUAUUUAGUUUUAUAUUUACGGUUGAAUCAGCAUCAACAUUUGACUUAACAUCAUGGUCAACAAAUGGUACUUUAUCAACAUGUAUAUAUUAUAACUUUGCUAAAAAUGAAUAUUACGAUUUAAAUCCGUUAUCGAAGGAAGAGGGAUACCAAUACAAAACUUUCAAUCCUACCACUGGUGUAUGGGCAACAGAGUUUAAUUUUAAUUUUUGUAAAAGAUCUCCAAAAUGUACAAUGAAAAACGAACUUGCAUGCUUCCAAGAUGCAACAAACGGUUUAAGUUAUUCAACUUUAGCAGAUUUAAAUAAAGUUCACACAGUCACAUUCUUUGACAAUUACUUCAAAAUUAAAUAUGAAUCAAGUGUUUGUGGUUCCAAUGGAUUUGUUUAUCAAUUCGAAUGUGACCAAUUAGGUGAUUACACGUAUGAUCCCACAAGUAGUCCUAAUAAAUGCACUCAUAUUAUCAAAUCAAAGCAUGCUUGUAAAAAAAAAGGUGUAUUAUUUAAUAAUGGUGUUUUAUACGAUUUAAGAGUUUUAGCAUCCACAAGUUUAUUUCAAAGUACUGACUAUAGUAAAGAUGUUUUGUUUAAUUUAUUCGAUAAUGCAGACAGAUGCACAUCAUUAAGCGGGGUUACUUCAAAUAAAUAUCAAGCUUGUCUCUUAACUGUUAAAGAUAAAACAAAAACAAUGGAUAAUAAUUUAAGAUACGAUUUAAAUAAAGGUGUUUUAAAUGCUGGUUCAGUUACAGAGGAUAAAACCAUCACAUUUGAUACAGUUAAUCAAAUUAUUACUAUUAAAAUCUCAUCUCCACAAUCUUAUUCAACUCAAUGCACUGCCUCUAAUAGUCGUUUUUAUACAUCAUUUAAUCUCUAUUGUGAUCCAUUCAAACAUUACUUUAUUGAUCAAUUAGAAACUUCAAAUACUCCCAACUGUUAUAAUAAUAUCAAUAUUUAUACUAAAUAUGCUUGCCCAACUUCAUAUUUCUUUGAUAAAUCUCAGUUUUACGAUUUAUCACCAAUUCAAUUACCUCAAACAAGUUUCUAUAACAUUAAACAUGUUACAGAUUCAUAUACAUAUAAUAUUUUAUUUAAUAUUGGUAAUAAAGUAAAACAGUGUCAUGAUUUAAUGGGUAUUAGCACAGGUAUUCAUUAUGCAUGUCAAUAUCCACCUUCAGGUGGAUUUGCUAAUCAAAUUGCCUCGGCUUCUCAAGGUCAAAAGGUGACUCUCGAUUAUAAUAGAAUUACACUUGAAUAUAAAUCAGCACCCAUCGUUGGUGAAUGUCUUAGAAAAUUAUCAAUAGUAUUAAAUUGUAAUCCAGAUAUACACUUUAAAAUUAUAUCUGCUGUCGAGUCCAGUGCAUGUAUAUAUACAAUUACUAUUGAAACUAAAUAUGCUUGUUCGUCCAGUGUUUAUUAUGAUACCUCAAAAUCAAGUUAUUUCGAUUUAACUCAAUUAACAAAAAAUAACGAUAGAAGCAUUACUAUGUCCGCGAAUGGAUAUUCAUAUAUACUCCGUUAUGCUGUUAGUACAACUGUACCAUAUUGUCAAGACUAUGGUUCUCAUUCCCUUGAUUACCAGGCUUGUCAAAAUAUUAAUGGUGUUAUUUAUCAUGUUGGAAGUGUUAGUAAUCAAACAUCCCUUGCUUCUAGUAAUGGUAUUGUUGUUUCAUAUGUUUCUGCCCCAGAUCCUGGAAAAUUAUGCCAAGGAAAAGAUCAAAGAGUUUUAAAUCUUGAUUUGAGAUGUGAUUCAUCUUCUGAAUAUUCUCUAAAAACUGCAAAUGAAACUACAGGUACUUGGGCAUGUUUUUAUAAUUUACAAGCAAAUUCAAAAUAUGCAUGUCCAUUAACCUCACCACCAAUCUUGCCAGCAAUUAUUCCUCCAGUACCCUAUAUUUUAGGUGGUCCAGCCUCAAAUAAUCCAAAUUUAGAAAAUCAUUUAAAUGGAAAAUUCUAUGAUACAUCAAGAAACAAAUAUUAUGACCUUAGUGCUUUAAGAAGAGCUUCAACUGGAACACCAUAUACAUAUACAAGUGGACAAUAUGUGUACUAUUACAAUUUAUUUGGUACAACCAAUUCGUGUAACAAUAUAGCAAAAAAUGAAUGGUAUCAAUCAUGUAUUUUUAAAUCAGGAACUGCUAGACUCCAAGGUCAUUUAUCAUCAUCCGAUUAUUCAUUCAUUGAAAAUGGUGUAACCGUUGCAUAUUAUUCAAAUGUUUUCGAUCCUGAAUGUGGUUUUAAUAUUGAUGGCUUAAGGAAGUUUGAAAUUGAAUUUACAUGCGAUCCAUCCCAAGAAUAUACUUUGGGAUUGGUUACAAUAAAUACUAAUUGCUUCAUUAAACUUCAUAUUAAAACCAAAUAUGCAUGCCCAAUUAAUUCAAUGUUUAUUUUUGAUAAUUUAAUAUACAAUCUCAAACAAAUGACAUUACCUUCUUCAAAUAAUCCAUUUUCAGCUUCAGUCACUGUAUCUGGAAAUGAAUACGACAUUUUCUUUAAUAUUUUUAACCCAUGUGACUAUUGUAAAGCUAAAGCUCCAGAAUCGGAAUCGGAAACCCUUUAUGCUGCCAUCGUUCUAAAGUCUGGUACUUCUUUUCAAGUUAUUUCUAUUACUAAUAAGCCAACUAUUAUCCCUAAAGUUUUUUCAAAUGUUCCAGAAAAAUAUAUUCAAGUAGCUUUUGGUUCUGUACUUCAUGUAGCCCUUAUGUGUGACCCAGAAACUUCUUAUUCUAUUUCAAGAAUGACAAUUCCAUCAUCAAAUGAAUAUGUUUUAUAUAUAUAUACAAAAUAUGCUUGUCCUUCAUAUAGAUUGUUUGAAACAACAAAUGGUGAGCUUAUUGACAUCUCCCCACUUCAAAGCUCAGAUUUUGUAGAACCUUUUUCAUUUAUUAAUCCUCAAAAUAACGAAAAGAUUUAUUAUACUAUUGGUAAUGGUGUUUAUGGAGGAUGUGGAUCAGGUUUCCAAACAUCGCAAUCAUGUAUUGUUUCAAGCACAGGCUCAAUAGCACCUAUUGCUGAUAUUACAAAAAGUCAAAUUAUUACCAAAUUAUCAAACGGUUUACAAAUUAGUUAUUAUGGUCUUGCAUCAAUUUCUUUUGAUCCCCCACCAAAUACAGAUGAUAUUUAUGGUUAUCAAUAUCCUUCUUUUACAAUUGAUUUGCAAUGUGACUCAACUAUAAAUUAUGCUCUUGUAAGUUCAAGGGUUUAUAAAAAUUAUGUAUCAGUUAAGGCAAAAUCAAAACAUGCAUGUUCCAAAUUACCCUCAAACGACAUUAUUUACAAUCCUUAUGUACACCCUUGCGUAUUAAAAUGUGAAAAGAAAAAAAUUACCGAUAUAAAUAGUAUAUCUAACGUUCUUCAAAGUCUUGGUAUUUGUAAAGUUGAAUUAAAUGUAUAUAAUAUUAAUAAUUUUAUAUUAGAUCUAUGGGUUGGAAACAUUAUUGAAGGUGACUAUACAAGCGGCCAAGUUUAUAAAUUCCUUUUCACAUCUGAGCCAUCUGCCAAUAUUGUUCUUUCAUCUUAUGUAGCAUUAGAUGAAUCAAAUGAUUGUACAUAUGGUGAAUCUGGUAAGAACAAAGGUUCUAUUACAUUAACAGAUAUGUUUUAUGUCACCAAUGAUCUUAAAUUAAUUACCUCAACUCAAUCAAAUUUAAUCAAGACAACUAAUGAUCCAUACACCAAAAUAUAUUAUAAACAAUAUUUUUCACAACCAUACGGUCUUGCUAUUAUUGAAUAUAAAGGAAAACUUUGUUAUUUUGAAGAAAUCAAAAAAAUCAACGCUGAAAUUGAUACCAAGUUUUUUGAAAAGUGUCCAUUUUAUUUCUUACCCGAAGUAACAAGUAUAAGUUUGUCAAGUGGCAAAACAGGUGGGGAUCUUAAAAUCUUUGGUAGUCGUUUUCUUUCAGACUCAUAUAGGGCAGUCUUUUCAAGCCAAAGUGGAAUUUCCUAUGGUACCAUAGACUAUAAAUCCAAUGAUGUAAUAGUUGUUAUUAUCCCAAGAGGUAUAGGUAGUGGUUUUGUUUAUCUCGAAACAUGGGGUGGUGCACAAACAAAAAAAUUCGCAUUCACAUUCGAGAGAAAAAAAGAAAAAAUUAUUAUCAACGAAUUCCAAACACCAAAAGUUAAUAGAUUUUAUUUUAUUGGUCUUAGUUUUAGCUCUGUUAUUAAUCCAUACAUUAUGGAGAAUAAUGAGUUAAUUCAUUGUGAAUUCGAAAGUAGUUGUAAUAAAGAAUCAACAUCUAUUAUCGAAGGAUUACCAGAAGGUCAGUAUGUACCCAAUCGUCCAUGUCUCAGUCAGCAAGCAUAUGCCUCAAAUGAAAACUAUUUCAACCCUAACCUGUACAAUAUUUUUGUUUGUAUUAAAAAAUCUUUGGGUGUUGGAAAAGGCACAAUCAAAUUUGAUGAAACUGGUGAGUUUACCAACUAUAGUUAUAGUAAACCAUUCUUUAAUAAAUUAAGCGAAUAUUUUAUCACCGGAACCGAUGGUGGAUAUAUGCACAUUAGUGGUACUAAUUUACCUCCAACUAAGGAAGUUAUUGAUAAAGGUUUAACACCAACAGUUUGGCCAGAGACUAAUGUUUACUUUGGAGGUAUUGAGGUGCUAAAUGUAGAAUGGACAAAUUCUACUAAUUUCAAGGUUUUAAUACCACCUGGUAUUGGAAUGGGUUCAGUUACUUUUAGAGUAGGCGGCCAGUUUCCUGAGCAAGGUGGAUAUUCUGUAAUGUACAGUGCGCCAUCAGUAACACCAAGAAGUCUUGGUUCGACAGAUGGUGGCGAAAUGUUUUUCAUUGGUAAAAACUUAGUUCCAUCAUCAUUAGCAAGUCAAGUCAAUCAAGUACCACAAGAUAGCUCAAAUAAUGUUAAAUUUAAUGAAGUUAUUUCAACAUCAGUAAAAUGGUAUAACUCUACCCAUGUUAAAGCUAUGGUCCCAAAAGGUAUUGGUACAAUCCCAUUUUCAGUUUCAGUUGGAGGAAGCCGUUAUUUACAUAUUUUCUCAUAUGAUAGUCCAUAUAUUACACCAACACCAUAUAUUUCAUUCGAAAAUGAUUUUAUUACUAUAAAAGGUCAAAAUUUCGUACCGGUUGGAAUUAAUCCAGAAAAUAGUACUGUUAAAAUUGGCGAUAGUUUAUGUAAAGAAACCAUUUGGGUAGAUUCAAAGACUAUUAAAUGUAAAGUUCCAGCAGGUUCAGGUAUUGGAUUAUCAAUUGAAGUCUAUAUUGGUGUUUUAAAAUCAGCUUUAAAUAAUUACUUUUCAUAUUACGAUCAAUGUGAUCUUGUUUGUGACCAAUUAACCAAAGACGAAUUAGAAGACAUUAAAAAAAAUGGUAAAACCGACUUAAAGAGUUCUUUAAUUUUAAUGGGAAGUUGUUUAAACCAAUUCAAUAGUUACUCAUCAUUCGAAGCUAUAGAGUCAUUUAUUUUAAAUAGAUGGGUUAGAGAUCCAACACCAAAAAACCAUAUUUCAGGCCAAUUAUAUAAAUAUUUAAAUGGUGAUUCAUCAAAACAAACCAUUCAAUUAUUAGGAAAAUACUUUAAAACACCUUCCUUUAGUAUUUUAGAUGACGACAAUACAUGCACUUAUAAUACAAAUAGAAGAACCUUUUCAUUGUACGAUAUUAUCAAUGUUAGUGCUGAUAUUUUCAAAUUAGUAGUUGCUUCUCCAGAAAUUGAAGAAAAUAUUAUAAAUUAUUCCAGUGGUUAUUCAACAUAUUAUUUUUCAUCACCAAAAUCUACAGAAACCAAUAUGGGUUUAUCAAUCGUUUUCAUUAAUAAUAGAAUCUGUAGUUUUAUUGAGUCAUCAUAUCAAAACUUUAAGAAUGGUCAAAUUUUAACAUCUUGUCCAGUGGGUCCAAUUGUCGAUCAAGUCACCAACCCAACUACAACCACAGCUAAUGGUCAAUAUUCGAUCACAGUCCAAGGAAGAUUAUUUGAUCAAAAAACAUUAGUUAAAGUGAAAUCUACUGAAUGUAAUAUUAACUACAAUGGUAUUAUAACUGAUCCAACUACCAAUACCCAAACAUUAACAUGCUCAUUACCAUUAAGCACCACACCAGAAUUAUCAUUGGCUCCAAUUUCAAUUUAUAAUCAAUAUACCAAGGAUUAUUACGAGAAUAGAAACACAAUUAUAAAAGAUUUUGUCUUUAAUUACCCAGUUGCCAAGGUUAAUCAAAUUAUUUAUCCAAACAAUGACGAUUCAUCAGUCGAGAUUGAUUCAACUAUUCAAAUCAUUGGUGAAAAUUUCUUUACAUUUGGCAUUCAGCAAUCUAGUGGUAUCCAAGUUAAAAAUGGGCAAAUAGAUUUAACACAUACAAUUUUUGACCAAAAAAGCACUGAUGGAGUUGAUUCUUUUUCAAUUAAAGCAAGCAGUUUUGGUAAAACAAAUAUUAUUAGCGUUUAUUAUUUAAAUAACUUAAUCAUGAAACUUGGUGAAGAUGUAGAUAACGACUUUUCAAUUUCAGAACCAGUUAUAACCAGUCUCUCUAAAUCAAGUGGUUCUUAUAAUGAUAUUGUUACUAUAUACGGUAAAAAUUUUUAUAAUGGAAAAACAAGAGUCUAUUUUUCAGGAGAAGAGUGCCAAAAAGUUGAAUGGGUCUCAAAUAAAGAAGUUAUUGUCACUGUACCACAUGGUUAUCUCUAUGCAAUCAUUAGAGUAAAUGUUGGUAGUUCAAUGAACGAAGAAGAGUUUAAAUUUAACUAUGGAGUCCCAACCAUCGAUAAAGUAAUCUAUCAUACACAAAUCAAUACUAGUGUUUCAGAUUAUCUUGAUAAUUUCGUAGUUGUUGGUAGAAAUUUAGGUUCUUAUGUAAAUGAACAACCAGAUUUCUAUAUUUUAGAUAAUGUAAUUACUUGCGAUCCAUAUUUCUGUAGCGAAGAUGAAUUUGACCCAGAGGAUGAAGAAAACCAAUCAAGUAUUUGUUCCUAUUUAAAAAAAAUAGGAUAUCAACACUACAACGAACUUAUCGAUAUUUUCUAUUGCUCUUUUGACUCUUUUAUUGGUAAGAAUCUUACAAUUGAUAUCGAAAUUAUUGAUGGUACUCAGGUUUCAAAUAAAACAUAUAUAUACUCUUACUACGAGCCAUAUAUCGAAUGUGUGUCAUUAAAUCAAUCAAACACUGAUGGUGGUUUAAAUAUUACAAUCAAUGGUUAUAAUUUCCCACCAUUUGAAACUUUAAGCUCUUACUAUGAUAAUUCAGAUAUUACUUGGUCAGAAGAAUCAAAUGUUACAAUUGGUUCUAAUUAUACCUGUGCAGUAGUCGAGUUUUUCAAUUCAACCCAACUUAAUUGCACAAUCCCACCAGGAAUUGGUGCAAAUCAUACAAUUGUCGUCUUUGUUGGUCAACAAAACUCAUCUUUGGUCAGCCAAGAAUAUUUAUUCUCAUAUAAUCCACCAGCAUUUAAUAUUUCAUCAGAUAAAGAAAGUGAAGAUAAAGUUUAUUAUAGGGCCCCAACCAACGGUACAGUUCAAUUUAUAAUUAAUGGCACAAAUUUCAUUCCAAAGGAUUUAUCAAGUUAUUAUAAUGAAUUUGAAAAUAAAACAUUAAAUUAUAUUAAAAUUGGGGAAGACUAUUGUAAUGAAACCAAAUGGAUCAACUCUACUUUAAUCGAAUGCAAACCACAAGCAGGUAUUGGUGAAAAUUUAUUAGUUCAAGUUAUGGUUGGUGGUCAAAUAACAAAUGAAACAGUUUAUUUCUCUUACAAUAAACCAAUUUUGAAUAAUGUUAAUCUCACAGCCCCAACAAAUGGUACCAAGGAAAUUACAAUUUCUGGAGAAAACUUUAUUCCAAUCGAAUUUAUUGAAAAAAAUAAUGGCAAUAUCAAUGAAACCGAAAACUUUAUUGAAAUUGGGGAUAAUAAAUGUGAUGAAACCAAAUGGAUCAAUUCUACCCAUGUUUCAUGUAAACCAUCACCAGGUGUUGGUAAAGAUUAUCUUAUAGCAAUUACAGUUGGAAAUCAAAAAUCAAACGAAACAGUUUAUUUCUCUUAUGAUAAACCAAUUUUGAAUAAUGUAAAUUACACAGCCCCAACAAAUGGUACCAAGGAAAUUACAAUUUCUGGAGAAAACUUUAUUCCAAUCGAAUUUAUUGAAAAAAAUAAUGGCAAUAUCAAUGAAACCGAAAACUUUAUUGAAAUUGGGGAUAAUAAAUGUGAUGAAACCAAAUGGAUCAAUUCUACCCAUGUUUCAUGUAAAAUAUCACCAGGUGUUGGUAAAGAUUAUCUUAUAGCAAUUACAGUUGGAAAUCAAAAAUCAAACGAAACAAUUUAUUUCUCUUAUGAUAAACCAAUUUUAGGUCAGAAGAGUUAUAACGGUUCAACAAAUGGUACCACCACAAUCGAAAUUUCAGGUCAAAACUUUGUACCAAAAGAAUUGGCCGAGAAAUACAACAGUAAUCAAAAUGAAAAUAAUAAUAUUAAAGUUGAUGGUUUCGAUUGUUUAACCCUUGAAUGGAUAAACUCAACAGCAGUUAAAUGUAGAGCUCCAUCAGGCCAAGGAAAGGAAUUAGAAAUUAAAGUUUUAGUAGAAAAUCAAGAAACUGAAUCAAAUAAAUUUUUCUCGUAUUAUCCACCAACAAUCGAAUCUGUUGAUCCAAAUAGAUAUAGAUCAAAUAGUGAUAAUACUGUCAAAAUUACAAUUAAGGGCUAUGAUUUCGGUAAAGAUAAUCAAGUUGUUAAAAUUGGUGAUAAUGAUUGCACCCAGGUUGAAUUUAACAAUAAAGAUUUAACAUGCAACUUACCAAAAUCAAAUAAAGUUGGAAAAGAAAUUGUAAAAGUAAUAGUUGCUGGCCAAGGUUCAAACACUGAUAUUACCUUCGAAUACUAUGGUAAUCCAUUCAUCAAUAGUAUCUCAAAACCAUCUUUUACAACAUUUGAUGGUGGAGAUGAAAUUACAAUCAAAGGUGGUAACUUUAUUGAAAAAGGUGAAAACGAAGAUGAUCUCUCAGUAUUAUUCAAUGGUGAAAGUGCAACAACUGUAGGUAAAGUUACAAAUGAAACAAUUGUUAUUUUAUCAAAGAAGGGUUAUAAAUCAAAUACUCCAAUUAAAGUAAAUUUAAAUGGACAAGAAAGUAAUGAAGAUACAUCAUUCUCAUACUCUAAUCCAUCUAUAUCAUCUGUUUCACCAUCAAGUGGUAAAUACAAUCUUAAAAUCCCAAUUUCAAUUAAUGGUAAAAAUCUAGGUUUACAAGGCGAAGAAUCUGAAUUAUCAAUUAGAAUUGGUUCUUCAAGUUGUGAUAGUGUUCAUAUUGUAUCAAGCCAACUCGUAACAUGCACUGUACCUUCAGUUUUAAGAGAAGAAUCUGGUACAAAAGAAUUAACCCUUAGAUUCAAUUCUAAGGAUACCGAGUCUCAAUAUACUUAUGAAGAUGAAGAUUCAAGUGAUAGUAGUGAUAGUAGUAAUAGUAGUAAGGGUAGUGGUGAUGAUGAUGGUGGUGAUGAUGGUGGUGAUGAUGGUGAUGGAACCUCUACUUCUUCAGGUGGUGCUGCUGCUGCAGGUGGUGCUGUUGCGGGUGCUGCUGCGGGUAGUGCUACUGCAGGUGGUGCUACUGCAGGUGGUGCUACUGCAGGUGGUGCUACUGCGGGUGGUGCCGCUGCGGGUGGUGCUGCUGCAGGUGGUGCUGCUGCAGGUGGUGCUGCUGCAGGUGGUGCUGCUGCAGGUGGUGCUGCUGCAGGUGGUGCUGCUGCAGGUGGUGCUGCUGCGGGUGGUGCUGCAGGUGGUACAGGUGGUACAGGUGGCACAGGUGGUUUUACAUCUACAAGUGGAUCAACCAGCAUAUCAACAGGUAUAAUAGCAGGAAGCUCUUCAGACUGGAAAGACUCUUCAGACGCAUCAGAGGACUCUUCAAGAGGCUCAUCAGAUAGCAAAUCAUCAUCAGAUAGUAGCUCUUCAUCAACAAACAGUUCAUCAUCAGAUAGUAGCUCUUCAUCAACUAGCAGUUCAUCAUCAGAUAGUAGUUCAUCAGAUAGCGAUUCAACAAGCAGCUCAUUAGAUAGUGGCUCAUCAGAUAGCAGUUCAUCAGAUAGCAGUUCAUCAGAUAGCAGUUCAUCAGAUAGCAGUUCAUCAGAUAGCAGUUCAUCAGAUAGCAGUUCAUCAACAAGCAGUUCAUUAGAUAGCGGUUCAUCAGAUAGCAGUUCAUCAGAUAGCAGUUCAUCAUCAGCUAGCAGUUCAUCAGAUAGCAGUUCAUCAUCGGAUAGCGGUUCAGACAGUAGUUCAUCAUCUAGCGGUUCAUCAGAUAGCAGCUCAUCAACAAGCAGUUCAUCAGCUAGCGGUUCGUCAGAUAGCAGUUCAUCAUCGGAUAGCGGUUCAGACAGUAGUUCAUCAUCUAGCGGUUCAUCAGAUAGCAGCUCAUCAGAAAGCAGUUCUUCAUCAGCCAGCAGUUCAGAUAGCGGUUCAUCAGCUAGCGGUUCAUCAGAUAACAGUUCAGAUAGCAGUUCAUCAUCGGCUAGUAGUUCUUCAUCAAUAAGCAGUUCAUCAGAUAGUAGCUCUUCAUCAACAAGUAGUUCAUCAGCUAGCGGUUCAUCAGCCAGCAGCUCAUCAUCGGCUAGUGGUUCAUCAUCAGAUAGUAGUUCAUCAUCAACUAGCGGUUCAUCAGAUAGUGAUUCAUCAGAUAGCAGCUCUUCGUCAGACAGCAGCUCCUCAUCAACAAACAGUUCAUCUGAUAGCAGUUCAUCCAAUAGCAGUUCAUCAGAUAGUAUUUCAUCAUCAGCUAGCGGUUCAUCAGAUAGUAGCUCAUCCUCUGCUAGUAGUUCAUCAGAUAGCAUCUCCUCAUCAGAUAGCAGCUCAUCAACAAGCAGUUCAUCAGAUAGUGGUUCAUCGGCUAGUGGUUCAUCCGAUAGCAGCUCAUCAUCAGCUAGUAGUUCUUCAGAGAGCAGCUCUUCAUCAGCUAGCAGCAGUUCAUCAUCAGAUGGCUCCUCAACCAGUAGCUCUACAUCAGCUAGCGGUUCAUCAGAUAGCAGCUCUUCAUCAGCUAAUAGCUCAUCAACUAGCAGUUCUUCAUCAGAUAGCAGUUCAUCAAAUAGCAGUUCAUCAGAUAGCAGCUCAUCAUCAGCUAGUGGUUCAUCAGAUAGUAGCUCCUCAUCAACAAGCAGUUCAUCAGAUAGUGGUUCGUCAGAUAGUAGUUCAUCAGACAGCAGCUCCUCAUCAGCUAGUGGUUCAUCAGAUAGCAGCUCUUCAUUAGACAGCAGCUCCUCAUCAACAAGUAGUUCAUCAGCUAGUGGUUCAUCAGGUAGCAGCUCUUCUACUAGCAGUUCAUCAACCAGCAGCUCAUCUGCAGAUAGCGAAAGUUCAUCAACUAGCGAAUCAAAUGAUAAUAUAAAAUGCAUUUAUAACCCAAUCGAUACAAUUUUGUCUUUUAACAAUCCAAAUAAUGAAGCCAUAACAUGUAUUGACAGUACCGGCUCAUCAAAUAUAUUUACAAGUGGUUUUAGUUGCACAAAUACAUCUUCAACAACAAUAGAAUGCUCGAAUAAUAAUGGUACAAUUACUUUCCAAGAUUCUGUUAGAUGUUAUCUAGACAACCAAGAACUUAUUGGAUGUUCACUAGGAACUUUAGAGGGUCCCAUUGGAUCAUUUUAUUUGACCAAUCAAACAUUAAAAUGCCACCAAGAAAAUAACAAACUAACUAUUGAAAAUACUGGUGAUAGCUUUAUUUUCUGUUCAAAAGGUAAUGACUAUAAUUACAAACUCGAAUUUUAUAAAGAAAUAGAAUGUUCAAAAUCAAUUGACCCAGAAACAUCGCUUGAAUCUAUUGGCUGCUUUAUGAAACACAAUCCAGACUAUAUUAUGUACUUUGAUACAUCAGUAAGAUGCUUCAUUGAUAAUAAAUCAUCAUGUUUUAUGGAAAUUAACCAAUCAACAAUAUAA